AUGAAUGAUCUUUGCAAGGAUCAAGGAGUAAGUUGUAAGGAAUUGGUUUACUCAGACGAACUCGAGGAAACUCGACGCUCUGUUAUAGAACCAAAUUCCCUCAGAGUACAUACAUCAAGACAUAAUGAAACACGGCGCUCGAAGGUUAUAUCUGGAGGCUUUUGUGAGAAUGAUCAUGGCGGGCCGUUAGUGGUGGGUUACGGUACUGGAGCCGUGGUGGUAGGAGUGAUAUCAGCCUGUCAGACUGCUAACAUCACACAGAAGUGCUAUGGACCCUACUUGUACACCAGCGUCUGGAAGAACAGACAUCUCAUACAAUGUGCUAUACAGAAGAAUAUAGAAUCGUCGUGUAAACUUCUAUUAAGAACGUCCAAAACACGUGAAACCGUCUUUAAUUGGAACCAGCAUCCAGAUGGGUAA